CAGGAGGACAAGCUUGAUCGCGCAUUUGUCAAGCAGCACUCCGUUGCCGAUAAUGCUGAUCGCAAACUCCAGCAGUAUUGGUUUCAUAACAUGAAGAAAAUAAUGCGGGAGAUCGACAACCAUACUGGUUGCAUACCCUUUCGCCGUUUGGACUUCUUAGACCUAGGCUGCUGCCCUGGAGGGUUCAGCUCAUAUAUCCUCACCAAGAAUCGCAAAGCCAGAGGCAUUGGCGUUUCUCUUCCUGUGGAAGAAGGCGGACACGAAUCCAUGCUCGAGAACGAGUUCCAACCGCGCUUUGAUCUCUACUUCGCCGAUAUUACUUCAUUCCAGCUCGGCCCAUCCACUAUCGAUCACGAGCGUUUCUGGAGCUUGCCCACGCCGAUCAGCUCUGGUCGGUUCGAUCUCGUCAUAGUGGACGGUCAUCAGCUGCGCACGCAGGUAUCAGAGUACGCGGCGCCAUGGGAUAUCGACCGUCUGCUGAUAUCCCAGAUUAUCAUCGCGCUGCAGACCGUCCGGCCGGGCGGUACCAUCAUCAUCAAGUUGACCCAUCCAGAGAGCAUCAUGACGGCCAAGGUCCUAUUCCUCUUGGAGAGUCUGUCGAAAAGGCUGUCGACCUACAAGCCGCGUACGAUGCACACGAAGAGAGGGAGUUUCUAUGCAGUAGCACGAGGACUGGGCAAGGAGAGUGACCGCUUGCCGGAAGUGUUGCACGCUUUAAAGGAACUUUGGGUAGAGAUGACUUUCGGAGGGGAAGAGGGGAAGGGUAGAUUUCUGCUGUGGGGAGACCUUGAUUUCGCUGUCACUACGGAAGAGCUACACCGAGCAUACCUCGACCGAUUGAUAGAGCUCGGAAGGGGUGUAUGGGACGCCCAAGCGCAGGCCCUGCAUGCCUGGUUUAAGAAGAAGGGGGUAAUGUGUUAA